GCAUGCUAACGUUACUUGACAUUUAGCACAGCAGCUAAUACAGAGGGAAGCUGUCAAAUUGUGGAGUAAAGUGAAAUCUCUGACGUGUGACACAUUUUGAGAUCAUUUCCCGCUAACAACUCCUAUUUUUGAAGCGUUAUUUUGGCAACUGUUUAGCUUGUAUUAGUUACAGUGAGGUGAGCUAGUAAGAUUAACGCUAGCUAACGUUAUGUUUCCAGAGCUCAACAGUAUCUUGAACACCACUCCUGAAAGUUUCACACAGGGAGAAUUUAUCUUGGUCUCAGACCGACAGAGUGAUGCCUCUUUCCUCAUUCAUCACUUCCUCUCUUUGUACCUACGAGCACGCUGCAAAGUCUGGUUUCUGGGUCUGGUGCAGUCCCUCAAUCAUUACAGUGCAGUCAGUCAGAGAUUGGGUGUAAGCCUAGCACAAGCAAAAGAAAAAGGUCAGCUGGUUUUUCUAGAAGGACUGAAAGAGUCGCUGUCUGUUUUGAUUCCUCAAGAAACCAACACAGGAAGUCAAGCCAUGGACUUCCUCAGGGAUCCUGCUGUUGGCCUGAAGAGUCUGUACGAGUUUGUCCGGUCCGGUGUGAGCAGUUCUAGUGGCAGGGAAGAAGAGACAGAUGGGGCAGAGGAGUGGGGACCCCCGGUGUUGCUGGUGGAUGACAUUAGUGUGCUGCUGAGUCUGGGGGUGAGCGUUGGAGCCGUGCUGGACUUCAGCCACUACUGCCGAGCCACCGUCUGCUCCCAGCUGAAGGGCAAUGUGGUGAUGGUGGCACGCGGUAAUGGGGAAGAAGAGGAAGAUGACGGAGAUGAUGAAGGCUCAGAAAGACUUUUGAAGGGCCUGACCCAUCAGUGUAGCCUCAGUCUUCAUGUACAGGGUCUCCCCACUGGCUACUGCAGAGACAUACACGGGCAGGUGGAAGUGUGUUGGAGGAGGAGACAAGGUGAUGGGCAGUACACACAGAAGAAACUCUUUCAGUACAAGGUCCAUGAUAAAGGAGCCUCCUUCUUUGCUCGUGGGACGUCCAGUGCUGUUCUCUAGUUCCACCUUUCAAUGUCCUUGUUUGCCUUUUGUCUCUUUUACAUGUGACAACAGACUGUUAUAUUGCAAUAUCACCAGACAACACAAAUGUUGGUUGUUUAGCUGCCAAAGUGGCUGGUGAACUAGACAAAUUUACCAGCCUUAGCCAAGCUUUAUGUUUGGAUGCUCGCUAGUGUCAACUACCCAGUCUGGACCCCGGACUCUCUGGAGAAAGGACACUGUGAUCCUGCCAGCUCAUAGCCUGGUUCUAGACCUCUGAAUCGCUGCCCACUUCUCAGAUUUGUUUCAGCUAUUUAAAUACGUGAAGGGAAAACAAAAUGGCAUCUCAAUCCUGUAGCGAAGGGCGAGAGCGGUCACCCUACCCGUACUGGAACACGGGUCUACAUGGUACCAAACAUACAACUUUUGACCACAAUGCCAAAGAGCCAGGCUCACUGGUAUGGCAGUCCAAGAGCAUACCCAACCAUAGUGGCCGUCACACUGAAGUGCACCCAUGAGCCCGGCUCUUUGGUGUUGCAGUCAAAAGUUGCAUGUUUGGUACCAUGUAGACCCGUGUUCGAAUCGAAUAGGAUGACUGCUCUUGCCAUUCGCUAUAAGUCUGACAAACGGGCUGGUCUGCUGAAGGUGUGAGUAGUCUUUUCUUGUUGACUGAACUAACUCUAAGUAACUGAUAGUUACGCUGUAGACCAAUAAAGAACAUACAACAUUGGCCACACGGACUGCGGGUAUUUGGCCGGAAGAAUAAUAAUAAAGAAAUUAUCUGUUUAUUGCCACCCAGAAUCAUCUUACCACUGAAUGGAGUUGUAACGCCGCUGGAUCUUGGUUAAAUAAAAUAAGUUGUCUGAUAAAA